UCUACCUUAAAUAGGUAUAGCCGGCCCGGCAUCCCUCUGGCUGGCACUGUGACUGGGCAGGCUGGCUGCAGGCAGCUGCAAGUUCACAGCUCAUGGCAUUGCAUGGUGAUUUGUAUCCUAGAAGACGUCGUCUUGGCAGCAUGCAAACAGUGUCAGGAGGUGUUUGCAGCACAACAAAAUGGGUGUCUGGACGGCAGAACUGACGUUGGAGAACCCUGUUGCAGUAUACGCCCCUGAGGGGGGCAGAAAAGACUUGGAGCUCUGUCUGGCCUCCGUCUGCGCGGCCCCCGAAAAUGUCAGCUGCAUUGCCGGCGCAAAGGUCGGGUGUCCUGUGCUGGUCAACAAUUUGGAUAGCGUGUCGCCAACCAAUAGACCCGGCAGAUUUGACUGCGGCCUGGCAGCCGAAGGAGCAGACAAUGAGGGUGCAUUUGGUUGGGAGCGAGCGGAUCACCAGCAAUGCCAGUGGCUUGCUUGGCUUCCUGAAUCUCAGGAUCUGAAGGAGUGGUGA